AGGGGUGGAUGGGAUACUAACCUAAAACCAAGUAGCCUGAGAAAUAAUUUUUAAAGAUACACAUUUUUGGUAAAUAAUUAAAAUUUAUUUUUAUUUAAUUUUCAAGUGAAAGGAAACCUAUUUUGAUUAGAUUUAUUCAUUUUUCAGUCAGUUAUUCCUCCCGCUUUAACAAAACAUAAAAAUUAGAAAAGAAAAGAAUCGUCCAAACGCAACGAUCCCAAUCGUAGCUUGCCCGCGUGCGCCCUUUUUUUCUUCAAACUUCUGACUUUAGAAAGCUCUCCGAUCACCGGAUAAAUGAUUCCGGUGACCGGUACACGUACAAAUCUCAUCUAGCUUCUGUUGAUUAACGCCUUUGAAUUUAUGGAUUCACAAGAACUCCCCGAUAAUGGUAACAAGGGUUUUCGCUACAUGUUACUUCGAAUCGCUUUUGCCCUUCAUUUCCCCAUCUUCGUUUUCUUUUUGUUAUCAUUUCUAGUCUGUCUCCUUGCUAUUUUCAUGGGGGAGCUAUCAAUUUCAGAUCCGAUUUCCAUGCCCACACAAUGCAAGAUAGUCUCUAGCAGUGUGGAUAUUAGGUCCUCGAAGGUUUGUGAGCUUGGAUUAUUGAAUUAUAAAGCAAAACAUGUAUUUUAUAGUUCCGAGAACAGCAAAUUUAGAUGUCGAUAUGAUUACUACUGGACUUCAGUGUUUAAGGUUGAGUACACAGACCAUUCUUUGGAUCAGAUGCAACUUGCCUUAACAGAGGCACCGAAUGAAGCGCUUCCUGUAAGUUGCAGGCCUGACUUUGGUGUUGCUUGGUUGACCAAAGAUAAGUUCAAGGUAAAUGAAACCUAUGACUGCUGGUACAUAUUAGGUACUACCACAGUAAAGAUGUAUAAUGAUGGUUUUUUCAGUUGCCAAGCAAAAGAUCCAUCUUUAACUGAGAUGAUGAAGCGAUAUCUAAUAUUAUCCAUAAAGAUUUUGAAGUCUUGGUUUUCCAGCGAGGGGUACGCUAGAUAUUGGAAGUCAGAAGCGAUAGCUGGUAUUGUUACUGGAUUUUCAACAUCUAUAAUCACUAUCAGCUUCAUUAGAACCCUACAACAUAUGAAGUCUUGGUUGCCUCAAGCCAUUAACACACUCCAUAUAAAGCGGGUUUGUUUUCUACUGGUAUACUUUUCUGUCAUGGGUUGGCUGGCAUCUCAUUAUUGGAGGAGGCUCAGUAUCCCAUUUAUUAAAGCUUUUAACUACUAGGCAGCACUCAUUUUUUAUGUGCUAUUUUCCCCUGGGAAUGGGUUUGCAUUGACUCAUGCAGCUUUCCCUCUUGAAAGAUGUAAGCUUGAGUGGUUACCUGAUCUAUUGGAACAACACUUAGAUACAGCUUGUCUAAUUACAAGGAGCAGAGAGAAAGAUAAAAUAGUCGUAUUCUGAUGUAUAAUAUGUAUCACUAUAGUCAAGAGAUUCAGGAGUUCACAGUACAUGUUCUAUUCUCCGCAUUCAAUACUCUGUAUGGAACAUGAUUAUGAGCGAAAUCCCAUAUUUUUCCAUUUUCUGUGGGUAAGAA